AUGACUUCCAAGAAGCCUGAGGCCAGCGCGGCCGACGACAACCUAGAUGAGCUUCUCGCAGGACUCGGAGACAGCACCACGACCAAGAAAUCAUCCACCGGCAAGGCCAAGCCCACCGCUGCCUCUAAGGCCAAGGCUAAGGACGAUGAUUUCCUAGCCGAUCUCGAGUCGGAGCUGGCUGCUCAAAAACCCCCCUCCCGUGUUCAUACACCUCGACUCAGCAGGGAGGUUGCGUCGAAGCGCUCUGCCGCUACCCCUCCCUCGACGGAUGACAAGAUUUCCGCGCGCAAGUCCACCGAUAGUGCCCGCAGCAUCAAGGCAGUCCUCACCCCAAGCGCAACGAGUUCCGAGCUGCAUGAAUCCGAGAAGAAGGCACCGGCAGAACAAACCCAACAACAGCAGGCUGGCGGAGGUUGGUGGGGUGGCAUUUUCUCAACUGCAACUGCGACGGCAUCAAUGGCCAUGAAGCAAGCUGGCGCUGCUUAUGAAGAGAUCAAGCAAAACGAAGAGGCCAAGAAAUGGACUGACCAGGUUAGGGGAUUCUCGGCUCUUGAUGUUGGUGCUUUGCGCAACUAUGGUGAUGAGCUUCGCCAGCGAGCCUUGCCAACCUUUACCAAUAUCCUCCAUACCCUCGCCCCGCCAAUCGGUUCCCAUGAGCGCCUCCUCAUCCACAUCACCCACGACCUCGUCGGCUACCCCUCAAUGAACCCGUUGACCCAGGCCGUCUUCAGCCGUGUUAUGGAUCAAGUUGAAGGAGGUGAGCUUCUUGUUGUUCAGCGCGGCCGGGAGAACGGUUCUCGAAGACUCAGCGAGACUGUCGCCGGCUGGCGCGAUGGACCUUGGUGGAGGCAGGCCGACUCUCCCCGCGAGCUGGGCGCUGUGGUCGGCCUCGUCGAGGGCACAAAGCUCUGCCGUGCGAACGCCGAGAGCUAUGCGCAGGAAUAUUUUGCUGCGCACGGCGGGGUCGAGGCAGCCAGGAUCCGCGCUACAGAGGCUUACAGCGAGAGCAAUCCUGUGCGAACAUCAGAUUUGUUCUUGGCCAUUCAGGCGAUCGCCAUCGAGACGGACAAGGCUCUGUUUGCUGGCACAGCCUCGGAAGAGAAAGCAAAGGAAGAUUCUGCCGUCAAGGAUCAGGGUGAUUCAGAGGAGCUCAUCUGCUUUGCUGUUUACAUCCUCGAUCCGGUCCACGAGAUCCAGUUCUCUACUGUUAGUCAGAAUAUCCCAUCUCAGUGGCUUGAUUGGCUGGAAGCCGUUGGGGACGAGGAUGACGAGAAGACGAUCUACGAGAGUAUCCCCGAGGAUAUUAAGGAGAUUAUUGAAAGCGGCGGUGAAGAUCCUCGUGAAUGGGUUGCCGCUUGGGUUGAGGACAUCCUGAGCCUAUCUGUGGGUGUUGUUGCUCAGAGAUAUGUCGCACGAAGAAUGGGACUUGGUGAAGGAGGAAUCGGAAAGGGCAAGAAGAGGGCUGAGGAAGUGAUCCAAGAGGGUGGCGGAGAGGCAGCUAGGGCUGGUGUGCUCUAA